UCAUCAUCGUUUUCGCCCCGAAAAACCGGGGUUUGUCGACUGAUUGAUGAGAGUGCUGGGGUGGAUGCCAUCAAGAAACGUUACCGUGGACUUGCUUUGCAGCUUCAUCCUGACAAGAACAAACAUCCCAAGGCUGAUGUUGCAUUCAAACUAGUAUCCGAGGCAUAUGUUUGUUUAGCAGAUGAUGUCCGGAGAGCAGAUUUUGAUGUGCAGAGACAAAGUAGCUUCUGCAACGAGUGCUGCAACAAUCCAUAUCUGAACUCUAACCCUCCCCAGGCAAAAGUGGUGAAGUCCAGGAAUGUGUGCCAGAUUGUGAGGGAGCUUAAAGCCAGAUUUUCCCAGGAGGCAACAGUGAUAGAGAAGUGUGUGAAGAUGAAUGCAAAUGCCAGAAUUCGGCGCGAUGAAUAUCCGAUCUUCAAUCCUUCUGAUUAUGUGUUCCAUGGCUAUCCUCACCACAGGAAUCAGAGUAGAGUGCAGAGUGUGGGCAAGAAGAACCAAUCUCCAGUGUUUGAGCAUAGAACAGAAAGGGCACAAAAAUGUGUUGGUGAUUAGUAUGAUUUUUAUUUGUGUCUUUUUUAUGUAGACAUGAUAGAUACAUUAGACUUCAAUCAACAAAGGGCAUUGGUUUUGUAGCUUUUGUUGUUGGAGCAAGCAAAUAAAUAAGAGAAUAUUUAAGGGUA